AUGCCGCCCCAGUGCCUCAUCCUGUGCGUGUGCCUGGCCGCGUUCGGCCGCAACGUUGGCACCAACGCCGAAGAGGGGGCAUCGGUGGGGGCAGCCGGAGGGGCAGCGGCGGCUGCUGCGGGGGCAGCGGCAACGGGGGCGACCUCGUGGGGGCCCGGGGAGGAGCAGCCGGAGCGCGCCGAGUGCACCCCGACGUGCAUCUGGAGGGAGCAGAGCAAGGCGCUGCGCCUCGAGUCCAUCAAAUCGCAGAUCCUGAGCAAGCUGCGGCUCAAGCAGGCGCCCAACAUCAGCCGCGACGUGAUCAGCCAGCUGCUGCCCAAGGCGCCGCCGCUGCAGCAGCUGCUGGACCAGUACGACUUCCAGGGAGACCAGGGACCGUCGUCCAACCACGCGCACUGGGAAGACGACGACUACCACGCCACGGCCGAGACCAUCAUCAUCAUGGGCAGCGAGCCCGACCCCCUGGUGCGCGUGGACGGCUCCCCUCGCUGCUGCUUCUUCCGAUUCACGCCCAAGAUGAUGCUGAACAAGGUGGUGAAGGCAUACCUGUGGGUGUACCUGCGGCCCGUGGAUGCUCGCAGCACGGUGUUCAUCCAGGUGCUGCGCCUCAUACCGCUCUCCAAGGGCGGCACCGUGCGCAUUCGCUCGCUCAAGACCGACCUGGGCUCCCGCGCGGGGCAAUGGCAGAGCAUCGACUUCAAGUACAUCCUCCACAACUGGUUCCUGCACCCCGAGACCAACUGGGGAGUGGAGAUCAAGGCGGUGGACGAGCGGGGCAACGACCUCGCCAUCACAGCGCCGGGACCCGGCGAGGAGGGACUGCAACCCUUCCUGGAGGUGAAGGUGACCGAGCCGUUCCGGCGCUCUCGGAGGAACAUCGGACUCGACUGCGACGAGUCGUCCAACGAGUCGCGCUGCUGCCGCUACCCCCUCACCGUGGACUUCGAGGCCUUCGGCUGGGACUGGAUCAUCGCCCCCAAGCGCUACAAGGCGAACUACUGCUCGGGCCAGUGCGAGUACAUGUUCCUGCAGAAGUACCCGCACACGCACCUCGUGCAGCAGGCGAGCCCGCGUGGCUCCGCGGGUCCCUGCUGCACCCCGACCAAGAUGUCGCCCAUCAACAUGCUGUACUUCAACGACCAGCAGCAGAUCAUCUACGGCAAGAUCCCCGGCAUGGUGGUGGACAGGUGCGGGUGCUCCUAAGGGGGCCGGCCGGUGGGGUUCGACCCACCACCGCCUCCACCACCACCGCCACCACCGCCGCAACCGCCACCACCGCCGCAACCACUUCCUUGCUCUUCCCGUCUCGCCAUCUCGACCGUCUGCCUCUCGGCUCUCACUUGCUCAGUUUUCUUUUUUGCGGGGUUCGUGGUGGGGGGGAGAAGAGAAGACAGAAGCAGUGUGGGAACAACAACAAAAUCGGGUUUUUUUUUAGGGGAUGGGGACUCGCUGUGGAAGGAACACCACGUUACCAUCGGGGGGGGGCAUCAGGGGGGGGGGCCCAUGUGGAGUCGUCAGAGGUAAACAAAACGCAGCUUUGCCUCGUAAAAAAAUGGGUCCCCAAUAGAAUUAUUUUUUACACCCCCCCGGAGGGAGUGGGGGGGUUGCCCCCUACACCAUGGAAGAGGGAUGGAGCAAGUGAGUAGUGGAUGGAAGGUGUGACCUGUUCUCCGCGUGGCUGAGCAGCUGAUGGACGGAGUGGGUGUGUGGCCGGCUGGCAGGAGCAUGUACAUAGAGCAAGUGCGACCCCAAACACACACACGAGAGAGAAGAGACUAUUUUUGUACACCAGGAGAACACUUUAUUAAGUGUAACGUAAAUAAUAAUAAUCCACCAUCUGCAGCAUGGAACUGAAGAUGCCCUCCCCUUCGUCGAAAUUUUGGGUCACGGUCAGCGGCGCUUUUUGUACAAAGCUGUGUAAUUUAUGCUGCCAGUGCAGCACUUUCCUUCCUGGGCUUGUCUCGCCGCGUUUAAUGCGUGUCCACUUCGAGCUCUUGCAGAUUAUUGUAAAAGCCUUGGUGGUUACAGUUGGCUCUGCGUCUGUCAUUCCCUCGGUCAAUUAACAUGUCCACCAAUUAAUACCCACACCCGUGGGUUCACCAUUAAGCUGAUUCGUGAUCCCAACCCACCCACACAUUCACUCAAACACCGAUGCAUCCCUCAAUUAGCCUAGGAAACAAUUUACAAAACGCUGCCAUUUCCUCUAACACCAAUCUGCCAGCCGAUUAGAAUACACCCAUAAGUAAGCAGUUCAAUUACUCCAUCCAACCAGACUCUAAGCCCUCCACCAAAUACUAACCAAACCAACUGCAAGCACCCUCAGUUCAGAUCAGCUGCAAAUGUACCAGCCAGUUUUUUUUGCUAAUUACCAACCUCGCCUAUGAAUAAACCUGUUGAUGCACCCCAAUCAAUUUAGGGUUGUUGUAGGGGGGCAAAGAGGGGGGGGGGGGAUCACCUGUGCAAUAAACCCAGGUGUGUGCCCCCACCACCAACCAUCAUAAGUAGAGUAACUGGAAGUUACACCAAGUGACCCACCACCCAUGUGAUCCACCCAUGUGACCAAUAGCACUCAUGUACAUGUGUAUGUACACCAUUGUAUAUGUAUCUAUAUAUAUAAAAUAUAAAGCCCCACCAA